ACUGUCGUAAACCCCUCGUAACAUGUCGUAAACCCGAUUUGUAUCUGUUGUUGUGAGAGAAGUAAACGGUUGUUGCCAUUGAUAUCCAAACUGCGGUAGAUUUCGCGUUUUUGAACUAUGAUAAUAUUUAGAUAAUAGCGCUGGCUGCGUCUCCACUCGAGCCGGCACAGUUAAACAAUAUGGCGGACAUUGUGUAGGCUUUGAGGAGCCAGAAGAUGAGUUGAUCCCCAUCAAAACAAAGCUCGAAAAUGGCAACAUACAGCGCCGAAGGACAUUCUAUUGUGGUGGAGCUGAGUCCAGACAUCCAUAUCUGUGGCUUCUGCAAGCAGCAGUAUAAUAAUUUUGAGGUCUUUCUCGCCCACAAGCAAAAUGGAUGCUCCUUACCAACCUCUGACACUCCAGCCACCACCGCAACAGCCACUCUCGCAGAUUCCAGCACUGAGUUUGUUUUCGAGGAGACCUUCCAGACUUGUGUGAUGAGAGGCGUUAAAAAGAUCCUGACCAAAGCACAGAAAACACCUUCCAAAAAAUUAAAACCUUCCCUGACUUCAAAGAGACACAGCUGCUGUUUCUCAGGUUGCACUUUUAAGACGCAGUAUGGCCAAAAAGACAUGGAACGGCAUCUCAAAACCCACACCGGCGAGAAGCCAUUUGAAUGUGAGCUGUGCCAGAAACGCUUCAGUCGGCGGGACAAGCUCAACAUGCACAGCCGCUCGCACACGGGCGAGAAGCCGUACAAGUGCAAACACUGUCCCUACGCAGCGGCAGACAGCAGCAGUUUGAAGAAGCACCUGCGUAUCCACUACGACGUGCGGCCUUUUAAGUGCCAGAUCUGUCCUUACGCCAGCCGCAACUCCAGCCAACUCACCGUCCACCUCCGCUCACACACUGGGGAUGCACCUUUCCAGUGCCAACAGUGUGACGCAAAGUUCAAAAUCAACUCGGACCUGAAGAGGCACAUCCGGAUUCACUCCGGCGAAAAACCGUACAAAUGUAACUUUUGCGACUACUGCUGCGCCAUGAAAGGCAACCUGAAAUCUCACAUUCAGAUCAAGCACGGCAGCGAGAACUCCUUCCACUGUGUGCACUGCGACUUCCAGUGUGCCAGCAAGACUGCUCUCCGGCAGCACUCGAGAGAACACCAGCCCACUCAGCCCAUCCAGUGUUCCAAGUGCACUUACUCCUGUGCCAGCAAGGGGGCGCUCAAAGUCCACGAGAGGAUCCACUCGGAGGAUCGGCCCUUUAAAUGUGACUUCUGCAACUUUGCCUCCAAGCAGCGCAGCAACCUCGUCAUCCACAAAAGGAAGUGCCACUCGGAUAAGCCGGAAAAGGGCAGCGGCGGGAAGGGUGUCAGGGGUGCAGGAAAAAGCGGAGGAGGGGACUCCCCGAAGCCUGUCGGCUCCAGGUACCGGGCCAAACUAGAAGCGGCUCGAGCGUUCUGCUGCGACUCCUGCGACGCUUCCUUUGUGAGGGAGGACUCCCUGCGGAGCCACAAGAAGCAGCAUCGAGACACUCAGAAUGUGAUGCAGCUCCAGCUCUCCACCCCGGCGGACGUCAACUUGGUUCCCAUCACAACGGUUCCUUUCCCGUCCGACUCGAUGGCUCCUUACAGCACUGCGCAGCUCAAAAUCAUCGUGUCUCACCCUCUGGGCACGGAGAUGCCCUUAAUUCCAGCCGGUGUGGAUGGUCCGCAUAAGACCAACAUGGUCCUGCUCAGCCCAGAAAGCCAGGACAUGGUUGUCAACUCCAUGAUCCAGCAGGUGAACCUGCUCGCGCCGAUGCAACCCCUCGGGUCGUCCCAGACUGCAGAGGCCACCCUAGGAACUCAGACGGUCCUGCUGACGCAGCUGGGCCCCGGCGACGCCAACAACCCGCUCCACCAGGCCCUGCUGAGGACCGCCAUAACCGCUCAGGACCCCGGCAGCGCCACGCAGACUUUCAUCACGACCUGCACGGAGCUGGAGGGCCUCAACGCCUUGAUCCAGGAGGGCGGCACAGAGGUUACAGUGGUGACGGAGGGGAACGCCGCCAUGGUGGCCGCAGCGACUCCAAACAACAUGGCGCGCGGCCCAUCGGAGGACGCGUCUAAGCCAGCAGGGGGGAGUGCCUUAGGCUGUGAGGAGAGUGUGCUGCUGGUGCCAAACAUCAGCCUUUGCAGCCAGAAUGUGGUCAUCCACGGUGUUCCACUCAUAGUGUCCACUCAGCCACAGCAGACUAUAGAGCAGCUCCCUCCUCACACACUGUACUCAGACACACACACGCUGGAAGACAUCCCACAAUGAGCAGAGGGCUCGGUGUGUUUCUCUGAACAUGUAAAGACCGUGACUGCAUCAUAAGCUAUUUCUUCGCACCCUAUGAACUCGUAGGCCUGUUAACAAUAACUGCUUUUUGUUUCUAGCAUUUGAAUCAUUGACCACUGAAUCAACAGUACUGUCGACUUUGGAGAAAUAACGCUUUCAGUUUUCAUUUUAGAAUAGUGAAUUGUUGUCGUAGCACAAUAGCACAGAAUAACUUUCAAAUGUGAACGUUAAUCAUUUAGAUUACUCUAUAGGCAAGGGUUAUUUUUGGAGGCAUCAAAAUAAAAAUAUGAACACAAAAAAAACACUUUAAAUAAAUGAGGUUUAUUUUCAGGCAACAGCUUUAGAAAAAAAUGAAUAAAGAAGAAUAAAGCCUGAAAUGUGCCACGUGGAGUUCUCCACAUUGUCCAUUAGGUGGCAGCAGAGUGAUGCGAGUGGCGGCUGAAGUAUUGCAGUGUUGCACUAUUAAUAAUACACAUUCUGUAUGUGUAGCUUCUUUUUAUAUUUUUUUUAGAAGUAAAGCAUUUUGAAGUCCUCAUUUUGAGGAUGUUGAUGUUUUUUUUUCUGUAGAAAAUAUUAGACCGCAUAUGAAGGUUUCUAAAAGCUAAGUUGCUCUCCCCAAUAGAUUUUUCAAUAAAGUGCCCGUCUUGCUUGUGGCCAUCUAUUAUUUUUACACUCAAGACUUCAGCACUUAGUAUUUGCAGAGAUUGAAGGCUGCACCUGAAUAGGAGGCUCCCAUGAACAGAUGACCAUUGAUUUCUCUCUCGGCACUAAUGGCUCCGCUGAUGCAGACUCUGUGCUCAGCAUGGACACAAACUCGGAUGAAGUUUGCUUGAUGGGAGGAACUCUUUGCAGGCACUGAAAGUUCACCUCACAGUUGGUUUGUGUUGCAAAUGGUACACAAGCAAAGGAAGUAUAGAGACCACAGCCCCCUUUUGUUGCUUUACAUUUAAGUUGGCGCGACAUGUUAGAUUGAAAUCCAUAUAUUUGAAUCGUUGAUGCCUUUUUAUUCUAAUUCCGUUUACAGUCUGUGAGUGGUAGUACAUUUUCAGUUCAUACUUUUUCUGGAUGGGAAGCUAUUGGUGGUAGAAUGUAACAAAGUACGUUAAGUGCUACAGCUAUUAGUUCACUAGACUCCUAGUUAUUUAGCUGAUUAAAGUGUGACACUUUGUAAAAUACACUUAUUUGCUUUCUUGUUGAGAGUUAGACAUUGAACAUUGAUGCAUAUCUCUCUGUUCACAACGGUAUCGAUCUUCUCAUCUAACUCUCUGCAAGAAAAUGCAAAAAUGUCAAACUAUACUCUUAGGAUUCAACCUAUAAAACCUAUAAUCUAGUAGAACUGUUGGAGUUUAAACCACUCAAAUACUUGAAAGUAUUUCAAAUUAGCCCCACUGCAAUGUUGAAAUACUGCUUCCCUAACAGUAAUCCAUUGUUGUGAUAUGUUAAACAAGGGGCCUGCUGCUGCUGCACAAUUUAACUUUUCUUACUUUAAGAAGUCUACAUUCUGCAGAUAAUACUUUUGGACUUUGGACUUUUGCCUGUUGGACUCCUUCAAGUCGCGGUAGAUAUUUCAUCUGCUCUGCUGCCCACAAUUAAUAACCAACUCAUCCAUCACAACUUCAGGAGCGUCAAGCAUGUGAAAAGUGAAAAAGCGCGACCCAUUCAUAAAGAGCGCCUUAUUGUGAUUGGUGCUUUGCUCUAAACCGGGAUAAGUUCUGCUCUUGCAUUGUCAGUUCUCCUGCACUUGAGCUCGCAUUCAUAUUUUAAUCGCACCAGUGAUCCGGGCUGUCGCUGGUAAAAAAAAAAAGAAAAAACGUUUCAACAUUGUGUGUGAUUCAAGGACCAAAGUCUUGUCGCUUGAUCUUCAGGUGGAACUGCAAAAAAAAAAAAAAGCUCCUGAAAUUCCAUCAUGUAUGAAGAUGAGCGAUACGUGGGAAAAGUAAGAAGUGCUCUCUGGUGUGUCUCUUUGAUCUAUUAUCUAGCAGACUUCCAGGCCCUAAUCCUGAGCACCCUU